UCCAAAAUUGAAUCUUAUUUUGUUGGUGUGGUGUGAUUUGGGUCAAUUUUGGUUCAUGGGUAUUAUUAAUUUAAUAAACCUCCCAUUUGAUUAACUCAAAACGUUGGGUCGUGCCUCCAAAAACCAUUUUUCUAAAAAUCACCAGUUGGCAAAUUUGAGGUUAUCGCAGGUUGGCUUUUGACGUCACUUGCCUGUCAAAUUACAAUUUCACAACGUGCUCUGUGUUCACGAAACCGUGGACGAUGUGUGACGAAGCAGUGCUCCAAAAUGGGGCUUUGGCCCCCCCGAAAACAGCCAAGCAGUUGGAGAAAGAGGCCAAAAAACAGGCAAAGUUGGACAAGUUGAAGCAAAAGUUGGAGAAGCAGCAAAACGCGGCACCGAAGAAGGAGGCUGAGAAGAAAGAGAAGAAGAAGGAGGUGAAGGAGGCUGCUGUUUAUAAUAUAGCGACACCAGAGGGUGACAAGAAGGAUAUCAGUGGGGCUUUGCCCGAUGCUUAUAGCCCCCAGUUUGUCGAGGCGGCGUGGUACUCCUGGUGGGAGAAACAGGGCUUUUUCAAGCCGGAAUAUGGGAGAAAGUCAAUCGCUGAACCCAACCCUAGAGGCAAAUUUGUAAUUGUAAUUCCACCUCCAAACGUCACCGGAUCGCUCCAUUUAGGUCAUGCUUUGACCAAUGCGAUUCAAGAUUCCAUUGUUCGAUGGCAUAGAAUGAGAGGUGAGACAACUUUGUGGAACCCUGGCUGUGAUCAUGCCGGAAUUGCUACUCAAGUGGUAGUAGAAAAAAAAUUAUGGCGAAACGAGAAAAAAACACGACAUGAUAUUGGACGUGAAGGGUUUAUUAGCAAAGUUUGGGAAUGGAAGGAGGAGAAAGGCGACCGGAUUUACCACCAGUUAAAAAAACUGGGCUCCUCGUUCGAUUGGGACCGCGCCCAAUUCACAAUGAACCCCCGACUGUCCCGUGCCGUAACCGAAGCCUUCGUACGUUUACACGAAGAAGGUUACAUCUACCGUGCUAAUAGACUAGUAAACUGGUCUUGCACCCUCAAAUCUGCAAUUUCCGAUAUAGAAGUCGACAAAAUCGAAAUUCCAGGACGCACAUUUUUAUCAGUCCCUGGAUACGAGGAGAAAAUCGAAUUUGGGGUUUUGGUUUCGUUUGCUUACAAAAUCGAAGGUUCGGAUGAAAAAAUCGUAGUGGCCACGACCCGAAUCGAGACGAUGUUGGGCGAUACGGCCGUGGCGGUGCAUCCCGAAGAUGACCGAUACAAGCAUUUGCACGGCAAACGGGUGAUUCACCCGUUUUGCGACCGGAAAUUGCCGAUUGUGCUCGAUGAGUUUGUUGAGAGGGAUUUCGGGACUGGGGCUGUGAAAAUUACGCCAGCGCAUGAUCCGAAUGAUUAUGAAGUGGGGAAGAGACACAGUUUGCCUUUUAUUACGAUUUUUGAUGAUAAAGGUUACAUUUGUGGGGAUUACGGGAAAUUUACGGGUAUGAAACGGUUUGAGGCCAGGAAGGCUAUAACUGAAGAGUUGAAAGAGUUGGGUUUGUAUGUUGAGACGAAGAAUAAUCCAAUGGUUGUGCCAGUGUGUAGUCGCAGCAAAGAUAUAAUUGAGCCAAUGUUGAAGCCUCAGUGGUACGUCAAGUGUGAUGAAAUGGCUGCGAAAGCUGUGGAAGCGGUCAAUUCUGGUGAAUUGAAGAUUAUUCCUGAGAUGCAUAUCAAGACCUGGCAUUAUUGGAUGAAUGGGAUCAGGGAUUGGUGUAUUUCCAGGCAGUUGUGGUGGGGGCAUCGAAUCCCCGCCUACUAUGCGACGUUGAAGAGUAAAGGGGGCAAACCGGGAUCCGAUGCCGACGAUAAUUCCCAUUGGAUUUCCGGCCGCAGUGAAUCCGAAGCCCGUCAAAAAGCCGCCAAACUUUACAACACGACCCCUGACGACAUAAUCCUCACUCAAGACGAAGACGUUCUUGACACCUGGUUCUCCUCCGGUCUCUUCCCGUUCUCAAUCUUCGGCUGGCCUGAAGAAACGGAAGACUUACGCAUUUUUUACCCCACAUCCCUGCUUGAAACCGGCCAUGAUAUUCUCUUCUUCUGGGUGGCCAGAAUGGUGUUUUUCGGGCAAAAACUCCUCGGAAAACUUCCCUUCAAACAGGUGUACUUACAUCCCAUCGUGCGUGAUGCACACGGACGCAAAAUGAGUAAAUCACUGGGAAAUGUGAUCGAUCCGAUGGACGUCAUCAAGGGAAUAGCCCUUGAAGACUUACAUCAACAGUUGUAUGAAAGUAACUUGGAUCCGAGUGAAGUUGAAAAGGCCAAAGCUGGGCAAAAACGCGACUAUCCUGAGGGAAUCCCCGAAUGUGGGACGGACGCACUCAGAUUCGCCUUGUGUGCCAUGUGCUCAGGGCGUGAUAUUAAUUUGGAUAUUUUGCGAGUGCAAGGAUACAGAUUUUUCUGCAAUAAAAUCUGGAAUGCGACCAAGUUUGCACUGACGUAUUUCAGUGAUGAGUUUCAAGCUCCGGUAGAUGGCGGGUUUGUUGGUAAUGAAAAAGUGAUGGAUUUGUGGAUGUUGAGUCGGUUGGCGGCCGCUGUCAGGGAUGCCAACCAAGGGUUUUCACACUAUGAGUUCCCCACUGCCACUACCGCCAUCUACAAUGUGUGGUUGUACGAGCUUUGCGACGUCUAUUUGGAAUAUUUGAAGCCGAUAUUUGCAAGUGGAGACGAAGCGACGAAGAAAACUGCCCAAGUCACUCUGUAUCGGGCGUUGGAAGUCGGUUUACGCCUUCUUUCACCUUUUAUGCCUUUUAUUACGGAAGAACUGUACCAGAGGUUGCCUAGGCCUAAAGAAAUACGCGACAAAAUUCCAAGUAUAUGUGUGUGUCCGUAUCCCGAGCCUGAGGAUUGUGUCUGGAGGAACGAAACGUUGGAACAUGAAGUUGAUUUUGUGCAAAAGGUGGCCAAGGCGAUUAGGUCGGCGCGGAGUGAUUAUAAUCUGCCGAAUAAGACCAAAACUGAAGCUUACCUCCAGUGCAGCGACUCAGCGACCGAAACAACCAUAACCAAGUUCAUCCAAGCGCUCCAAACCUUGUCCUACUGUUCAAAAAUUGGAGUUAACGAGCAAUCGCCACCAGGGUGCGCCAUCAUCACCGUUUCGGACAAAUGCCAAGUCAAUCUGCUCCUCAAAGGAUUGAUCGAACCGGCCAAAGAAAUCGCCAAGAUCCAGAAGAAACUCGACUUUUUGCAAACCACCAAAUCCAAACUGAACCAGGCGAUUUCUGCGCCCGAUUAUGCGACAAAAGUGCCACCAGAAGUCCAACAAACCAACAGCGAGAAAUUGGCGCAGACGGCUGUGGAACUCGAACGGUUGCAAAGUGCGAUCGAAGCUUUAAAAUUGAUGGAAUAGAAGUGAUUUAAUUUAUUUCGGUUUAUUUAUUGUAGCUUUUAGGCGGUGAUUGUAAAAUACGGUUACGAGGCAUUUACAAUUUAAUCAGGUGAAUAUACAAGUGUUACAAUCACAGUAUUAUAGCUUAGCCUAUUUUAAGUUCAGACGUAAUAAACUUUCUCAAUUUUAUAA